UACAAUGAUCCAAAUAGAGUUACCUGGCCCAUAUGGGAACAUCUCUUCCUACAACUACUACUGCUAAUAUUGUCAAAGGACAUAGCGUUGUGAUCACUCAUCAAAAGUUUGAUUCUGUUGGCAGUUUCCUGGUAUGGAACUAGAGUCAGUUAAUGACAGAAAAGCUGAAGUUCAAGCGUUUGAUGAUUCAAAAACGGGUGUAAAAGGUGUCUUAGAUUCUGGGGUGACAAAGAUUCCACCUAUGUUCCAUGUAAAAUCAGACCCCACUCCAACCUCACCAGCUGACACCAACUUCAGCACAUCCCAAUUCCCAAUCAUUGAUCUUGUGGACAUAAGCAAGAACACAACUCAGCGUGUUGAAGUAGUUGGCCAGAUCAGGAGUGCAUCUCAGAAGUGGGGUUUUUUCCAAGUGAUCAAUCAUGGCAUUCCUGUUGAGGUUUUGGAUGAGAUGAUCAGUGGAAUCCGCAGGUUUCAUGAGCAAGAUGCUGAGGCAAGGAAACCCUUUUACUCCAGAGAUAGCACUAAGAAAGUCAGGUACUUUUCUAAUGGGAAACUCUUCAGAGAGAUGGCUGGUACUUGGAGGGACACACUUGCUUUUUCUGUGAAUCCCGAUCCUCCAAACCCACAAGAUAUGCCAGCAGUUUGUAGAGAUAUUGUGGCUGAAUAUGCAAAACAAGUAAAAGCAUUGGGUAUCACAAUCUUUGAGCUACUGUCAGAGGCUCUUGGACUUAAUCCUUCUUACCUUAAAGAAAUGGACUGCGCUGAAGCACUUCAUGUUAUGGGUCAAUACUAUCCACAAUGCCCUGAACCUGAAUUAACUCUGGGUAUUUCAAAGCACACUGAUUGUACCUUCAUAACAAUACUUUUGCAAGAUCAGAUAGGUGGUCUUCAAAUUCUUCAUGAUAAUCAUUGGGUUAAUGUUCCUCCGGUGCAAGGAGCUCUAGUUGUAAACAUCGGAGAUAUUCUACAGCUUAUGACAAAUGACAAGUUCACCAGUGUUUAUCACCGGGUCUCGUUGAGGAAUAUAGGCCCUAGAAUUUCUGUAGUAACCUUCUUCUUGAAUUUUACCAUGUCCGAAUGCACAUCAAAGAAUUAUGGUCCAAUAAAGGAGUUGUUAUCAGAAGAAAAUCCUCCAGUCUACAGGGACAACAUUACUAUGAAAGAAAUCUUGACACAUUAUUAUGCAAAAGGUCUUGAUGGGAACUCUUACUUGCUGUCUCUAAGGUUGUGAAGCAAUCAUAAAAGGUAUUAGAUUGGUGCUUUCUUUAUUCUCAUGGAGUUGGUUUUAGUCUCAUCAAUGUAUCAUAGUUAACCGGUGGCCAGUGCCUUCAUCUGUGAUUUUCAAUGUCUAGAGAAAUUUAAAUAAACAGUACAAGUUGUAGAGGCAAAAUGUUUAGACAUAUUUAGUUCAUUUUACUAUGGAAGAGAAUAACUUGUUUUCUGUAUUAUGACAAUAGCUUGAUACUUAGGUUCUAGUGGUUGUCGAUAUAUUCUUGUAUCAACAUUCACCAAUGAAUCUUCAUUCGUCACUGUUUCUUUUUUGA